AUGUCGGCCGAUACUGAUCAGCAACCCGACCCGGACUCCUUUAGCUUCCAAGAGGAGGACUUCGAAACCAUUCCAUGGUCCGCCAACUACGUUCUUGUUUGCAUGUUGCUUCCAGCUCUAUGUGGAGGUCUUUCCUCGUUUGCUUGGGCAGGAUUCACCUUGUAUGUUCGGAGUCAGGGCUGGGACCUGCAGAUUGCUGGAGUGCUGGUCAGUGCGGGGGGCUUGGGCCGCCUGGUCACGCAGCAGGCUUUGUUGCGCCUGGGCCUUUGGUCGUCUGUGCUCUUGACUUUGCUGCACCUGGCUUUUGCCACGUUGGGGCUCAUUUUCCUUGACCAGGCUUGGGCAGUGUUUGGCGAAAUAGCUGCCAUGAUUGCAUUUGACGUGACUGUAGCAAUUGAAGGCGUCACCUUUGAAGUGUGGUCAGACUCGGAGGUGAUGGUCGCCCAAGCGCAGUCAACAGUUCUUUCUGUAUUUACGCUGUCAUACGCUAUCGCUGCAACCUUGGGAGGUGUAUUGUAUGAUGCAGCUAGUUGGAAGGGCUGUGCCAUCUAUCACGUUGCUUGUCUCGUUCUGCAAGUGCUUGCGCUCGCCAUCCAGCCGGCAGUCCUCGAGUCAUUUAGAGAGUUUCUUGGGGGUGCUGCUGCAAGAACUGUCGACGGGACUGAUGAUGCAGUUCAACCAUUCUCAGGCGCCACUGCCAUUGUCCCGGCAGCGGAUGAAUUUCAGCGAGUCCAGUCACCAGAGUCAGAGAGUGCUGCGCGCUCCUUUGACCUGCCCGGAGCAGUGGAAAGCGGCAGUCCGAGACAAUCCGCAGACAAUGUGGACGUGGUAGAUCCGACACCUUUGCGCGGCGCAAAUGAAGUAGAAGCAACACCUGAACGAGGACGCGCAGGCAGUGCAUCUGCUGCAGGAGGCGUCCUCGAGCCGAACGUGAGGAGGAGCGGAGGCAGCCAUGCAUCAUCGAGACGCCCCACCCUAAGAUCUCGUUUGACAACGCGGACAGCUCAGACGCACCGAACAACGGGGAGUGGGCAGACAGCACACACUGCAAGGUCUGGUCGGUCAAACAUGACGAGACAGACCGCACAGACAAGCGGCACUUUGGCAACGGCCAUGACCGGGCUGUCGCGCUUCACGCGUUUGACAGAGGCAGGUCAGAACUUCGAAUUCCACUAUGGCGUCACAAAUGCGCUGCGGCCUAACAUUGCGAGCAACACUGUCACAGUGAAUCUCGAUGGUGUUGCAGAGGAGUACGGCAACCGGAAGAGCGGCGCGAGCGAAGAAGAACCACAAGUUGCUGAACAGAAGAAUGGCGGCAAGCUUCCAAGAGAUUUGUAUCUUCCGGCAUUUGUCAUCAUGCUAUCGAGCUUCAAUAACAAUGCAUCUUAUGGUGUUGAGUGGAGCACUUUUGCAAUUUUCUUCAAGGAACAGCAUGGGUGGGAGUCAGCCACUUGGGCAGGCAUUUGCCAAACUGCCGGGGACCUUCUGGCUGCGGUGAUUAUGGCCGUGGCAGGCAAGCCCACUAGAGCAGACCUGAGUGAGUGUCCAACCGACCAAGGGCAAGCCUGUCACAAUUAG